UAGGCUGAGGAAGCAACCUGUUCAAAAAAUGCCUCGAGCAAGAGAUGUGAUCUGAAGCUAAAAUAGACGGAUACAGGUCUAUAGUGAUGGCAGAUGUCAGCUGGGUUGCUGUGUGGUGGGGCAGAAGAGGUGCUCUGCUGCUUCUUGGGAUUUUCACAUUGGUCUCUCCAUCCCUCCUGCAGCCUCCUCUCCCUCUCUCUCUGCCGGUCCACAUGUCAGUUGUCUCUGCACCCUGGCAGUUUCUCCCACUGUCUGUUUCUCAGGCGGAGCUGGGCCCUCUUUUCUCCAACUCCAGCCCCUUUUCCUUCUCCAAGAGCCUUUUCAUGGUGCCCCCACCAGGCCAGGCCCCCAGACCAGGCCUUCAGGCUUCAUUUGGCCCUUACUCAGUAACACAGCUCAUAUCAGAGCCUGCCCUCCCUCUCUCUGGUCUUUUGUCUGCCACCCUCCUCUCAAAGCAUGUGGAGAGAGAGAGGGAUAAGGGCAGGAAGAGGAGGUUCCAGGUGAGGACUCUGUUCCACAAGCAUGGCGACACCAGCACCCGAGGGACCUGCAUCACCCUGCAUGCAUUCAAGGAGACAGAGGAGCACAAGGCCUCUUGUAUCACACAGCCUCCUCUGGGACUAUGCGUGGUAACUCUUACGCUGCCAAGUGACUGGUUUGAGGGUCACACCAACCAAUCACAUCUGGAUUUGGAAAAGUGGCACAGUAACAUCCACCUUCAUCACAUGCAGAGGCAGGAACGCCGGCGGAGGGGACAUCAUCACAGCAACUUACGGGCUCCCAUGAGAAACCAAAUCCAGCUUUAUUAUUCCGUCUCCGACACUGUGGCUGACCUAAGGUUGACACCACCACGAUGUGUGGAAGACAGAGAGGCUCAGUCCCAGUCCCAGCUCUUCCAUAUUCAAGCAGUGACACUGAAGGAGGAGGUCGAAGAAAGAGUGCAGAGCAAGACCAAAGAAGAAACCUGCUUGAAGGAGGAGGAGCAAGAAGAGGAGGAGCUUAGCUUGGACCCUCAUGUCAUGAUUCGCUACCACAGGGGUCCAGUCCUGAUAGGACAGCCAAUCAGUGUGUCUGUCAAUCUGAGAGCCAACGUCAGUGCUGAGUUUGUUGUCAUAAGGUUGAAGGUGAAAAAGGGCUUGGUGUCGAUGUUCGUCCAGAGGACGCUGACCUCCGACCUAUGGACCGUGACCCUGGAGAAAAGCCAAGCCUCCAAGCAAGAUGUGUUGUCCAUCAUCUGCCACAAAAACAGCACACCCAAGCACACAUACAAUCCCACUUUACUCCAGCAGGUGUUGUGUCUGUCAGUCUAUGGCCUAAGGCAGAGCUUCGGUGUUGCCAUGACAGUGCCUGCUAACUGGGGGGUGGAGUAUUCUGGCCAGAUUAAACCCCUAUCGCUACAUGAGACUGUAGUGAGCAUCUUCUCAUUUGCUGAUCGACUCAUCCUAAGCAUAGCUCCUAUCACAGAGAGUAACACGAUCAUCAACACAGCGAUCCUGACCAACCAGCCGGUGUCACUUCCAGUCAUUGUGCUAGCCGUAAACCAUGAUGGGACUGUGUCAGAUGUCACAUCUGCAGUCAUGUGCUACUCUACUAAUGAGAACACUGUCAAGGUGUCCAGCAAUUGCUCAGCCCUCUUUGUGGAUGGCAGUGAAUCAGGGUUGGGUAACACCUGUGUCGUGGUGGAAUUUUUACUGGGUGCGCUGAGGGGCUCUGUGUGUGUGGCGGUGUGGGCUCCUUCAGUGCCGCUGCAUGUGUCCUUGGCAGACCCCGUUCUCAAUGCCAUCGACGGCUGGAACUACUUCACAAAUAAAGGGUGUGAGCCAGUAUAUCAACGCUCCUCAGUCCAGGUUCUGACUCAGUUCACUGCUCAGGAUUCUCAUAGCAGAACCACACACCUCCUGGGCUCAUCUGAUUGGUUCGUGGAUGUUACAGAGCUGGUCCGUAACUGGCUUAGAGUAGAGGACCCUGGAGUGGCUUCCCUUGGCACCCAGAACAAUGUGAUUGGUUUACGGCCUGGAAAGACAUCACUCCAUGUCAUCUCUGAGCAGUGGGAUGGCUUGCUGGGCAGAUGUGACAUUACUGUGACUUCCGACCCGGUUACCCCCAGGGACCUGUCUGUGCAGGUGGUCAGCGGCCUUGGCAUGUCGGUCAUGGCUAGUCCCACCCACCCUUCCAUUGUUACAAUAACAGUAACAGCCUACAACAUCCUAUACAAUCAUCACCAGGAGGCUACCAUUAGUGUCUGGCUCCAGUUCAGUGACGACACCGCAUCCCUGCUCUCCUUCUUCAGCGACCUUCCCUUUUUCCUGCGUCUGUCCUCAUUGGCUGAGUCUGUGGUUGUGGUGACGCCUGGCCCCAACCAUCGCAUCUUUGCCCAGGGCGAUGGAGGGGGGCCUUUACUGCGUGCAGAACUUCUGGUUUCAACUUGCCCUGACCAGCCAAUCACCCCCAACUCUAGCAAUGAAAAUGAAAGGGAUUGGACAGACGCUGGAGAAGAACAUGAAGGAGGGACCAGGAGAUUGGCGAAAGGAUCUGGCUGGAUAAGAGUUAACCUUGACAUAGACUUCCUGCAGCCAGUCGGGGAUAAGGAGGGAGAGAAGUUUGAGCUUGACAUUUCAGACACUCUGGUUGAAUCAGACAUUGACAUCUAUUCAUCCAACUUUGAUGAGGACCAAAGUAAGAAUGUAAUCAGUGAUUACUAUGACAAAAUCAUUGGGAAGAGAACUGAUAGAAACUGGAAUGAAAUGGGGAACAGAGGGAUGGUCAGUCGGAACAAUCUGGAAAGAGCUGUGCUAAUGCCAAGCCAAGAGGAGGGUGCUGUGUACUUCUCCCCCAGCCAGGAGAAAGAAGAAGAAAGAAAGGAGGAGGGAAAUAAAGGGCAGGAUGCUCAAGAGCUGGAGAUAGGUGUGGGUGCUCUCCUCUCUCUGCUCUGUCUGUCUGCUGUUCUCUUCCUUGCAAACUGUCUGCCCUGUGCCCUGCGAGACAGAGGGCGGACAAAGAUGGAGGACAAAAGGGAAGGAGAACUAGAGGGAGGUACAAAGGAAGAAGAGGAUGAAAAGAGAAAGAAGAAACAGGUAGAGGACAGCGAGGCAGAUCAGAGGAAGAUAGAAGUUGAAGACAAGACAAAGCUGCAGCAUGAGGUUAACAUUAAAGAUCAUGUUAAAGAAGUAGAGAUCAUUUGCUGAUAUGUGCACAGGCUGAGCUGACAUUAUGCUCAAAGAACAUGAACCAAAGUCAUGACAUUAACACCCAGUUCAAUAUCACACUACCAGAAAAGUCACAGCAUGGCUUUCAUAGGCAAUUACUGUUUCACCUGAGAUAAGAUGUGUGCUGAUAAUAGAGAAUUGUACUGGCCAUCUGAAGAGCACAUUGCUGGUAAACAGCGACCCAUGAACACAUUGACAACAUACUGUAAACUAAUUUACAGUAUUCUGGAUACUUAAUGAUUGGUACAAACAUAUCAUCACACUAUAAUUAUAUAUUAUACUUACUUUCUAUGAAGCAGUGGUAGAAUGUUGGGUCCCACCCAUAAUAGGUUAACCUGACACUGCUGCUACUUAGUGACUAUUUCAUCUGUG